ACUACAUAGAAAUAAAAUAAAGAAAACAGAGUUUCAGUGAGAGAGCUAAAGAAAAGGAAAAUCACACACAACACUUUGUCUGCUAUUAAGACACAAACAAGAUAGAAGAGAGAGAAACUGUAAAGAAAGAAAACCCAAGAAGAAGAACAAGAGGGUUUCAAGAUCUGGUCAGAUCAAGUCAAGCUACAUAAACCUCGGAAUGGGGAGGGAACUCACGGAUGUGGACAUGGACGGUAAGCCAAAUGGUGUGGUGAAUUCAAAUGGCAACCUAACAGUUUCAGAAGGCUCCGAGUCUAAUAACUAUGAGGUCAAGGAAUGCACUGCAAAAAACUCGGUCGUGGACAAUGGUCAUGAGAAGCAAGAAGCGCUGGGUGUUAAAAGCACAAAUUUUGGUACUGACAUCCCUGAAGAUCAGAAGUGCAUGGACAAUGACGAGCUUAGCGCGACUGCAUCGAAACCCAUUGGUGCUGGACAAGCUCACCAUGCUACCUCUAAAACUGGUGCAAAUGGCACCGCAAAUGUCAACUCUGCACUCUCCCCUGCUACCACAAAGGGAUCAGAGCCAAACUCUCCAAUAACUCCUUUGAUCUUGAGGAAGCCAUUGCAACCUUAUGACCGGAAGCAUCCUGAUGAUGAAGAUAACUGGUCCCUCACUUCCUCAGCUGCAUCUGUUCGAACUGCUAGAUCGAGGGUAACUAUUGGAAGUGCUCCUACUUUUAGAAGUGCUGAACGUGCUGAGAAACGGAGGGAGUUUUACCAAAAGUUGGAGGAAAAACACCGAGCUUUGGAGGCUGAGAGAAGCCAGUUUGAGGCCCGGACCAAGGAAGAGCAAGAAGCAGCACUUAAGCAGCUUAGAAAGAACAUGGUUGUCAAAGCAAAUCCAGUACCAGAUUUCUACUAUGAAGGACCUCCACGAAAGGUUGAACUGAAGAAGCUGCCAUUGACUCGGCCAAAGUCACCAAAUUUUACCCGGAGAAAGAGCUGCGGUGAUGCAGUCCGCUCAUCUCAAGACGAAAAGGCAAAAGCUUGCUGUCAGACUCACCGCCGCAGCUUAGGUAACCAUACCGAACGAUCCACUACUGCAAAUGAGUUCAAAAGUAAAGGUCGGGUCAGUGGACAGACCAGUAAUGGAGCUGGCAAGGCAAAAGAGCGAGCAAAACAGGUAAAAGAGGCAACGAAAGCUGCACCUACUAAAAUCAUUGAGCCGAGUAACGCUAACAUCACUGUUCAAUCAUGAACAUCUAGUUUUUUUUUUUUUACUAACUAUUAAGCUGGGAAAUAGUCUUGAAUUCCCGCACUGCCAUGCCAUAUGGAUGUCCUGAAACUGAGUAUAACUAGGUGGUUUCAGUUUUAGUAGGGACUUGUUUGUUAAGUGGUUUGCAUUAAUGUGAAAUGUAUAUGUUUUGUAAGUUUACAUUGUUACGUAUCUUUAUAUGUAGUAUGAGUUGUUGAUGCUAAUGCAUCCAAUAACUUGUUUUCA